AUGCCGCCCUCCGUCUACACGAGCCCGCGCACAGACCCCGCCCUCCCCCGCGCCUCCGUCUUCGACUACCUCUUCCCCAGGGACAACACCUUCCCCUUCUACCCCGCCCCCCGCACAGACCCCCGCCGCAGCGCAUUCGUCGAUGCCCUCACCGGCAGAAGCCUCACCCGCGCCCAGGUCGGCGAACACGCCCUGGCCCUCGCUGGCGGCCUCAAGAGGCUCGGACUCGGCGCCGGCGAUGUCGCCUGCAUCUUUGGCAUGAACAGCAUCGAGUGGGUCAACGCCCUCCUGGGCUGCCAGGCUCUCGGCGUGGUCACGUCGCCUGCCAACUAUGCCUACACACCCACAGAGCUAUUGCAUCAGCUCAAAGACUCUACCUCGAAGGCUGUCCUGGUCCAGCCCGAGCUCAUCCCCAUCCUCCACGAGGCUCUCAAGCUGGACCCCGCGUUGGGCAUUCCCGUGUCCCGCGUCAUCCUCAUAUGCACCAAACAGCAGAAGCCUGCAGACCUCCAAAAGUUGAAGUGCACCGAAGAGAUCCGAGAGUAUGGCGAGGGCGUCGAUGGGCGGCAUCAGUGGAAGGAAGGGGACGAAGUCAACACCGCGUACCUCUGCUAUUCCAGCGGGACCACUGGAAAGGCCAAGGGCGUGGAGACGAGCCACCAUAAUAUGACGAGCCAGAUUCAAGCUGUACACUGCAGCAUUGAAAAGAUGACAGAACAGGACGUUAUUCUAGGCAUCUUGCCUUUCAGCCACAUCUAUGGUUUGACGGUGAACAUUCACCACGCGUUGACAGUAGACACCAGUGUCGUUGUACUCCCCCGCUUUGACGAGUACAAGGUCACGUUCGGCGUCGUCGUCCCUCCCCUCAUCCUCGUCCUCCUCCACUCUGCCAAUGUUCCCAAGUUCGACAUUUCCACCAUCCGCGGUCUCCAAUCCGGCGCCGCUCCCCUCUCUGCCGACCUCAUCCAAGCUUUCCGAACCAAGUUUCCUUGGAUCGGCAUCACCCAGGGCUAUGGCCUGACAGAGACGACGCCAGUGGCGGCCGUCAUGACGCUCGACGAAGCAAAGGGGCAUCAGGGUGGGACCGGCAAGCUGAUACCGACCUAUCAGGCCAGGCUCGUCGAUGCCGAAUCAGGCAAAGACGUGCCCAAGGGCGAGAGGGGAGAAUUGUGGUUGAGGGGACCGAGUGUGAUGAAGGGGUAUUGGAGGAAUGCAGAGGCCACGAAAGCAGCUUUCCAAGAUGGCUUCUUCAAGACUGGGGAUGUGGCUGUGAUUGAUGAGCAGGGGUAUAUUUCAAUAGUAGACCGGGUAAAGGAGCUCGUCAAGUACAAGGGAUUCCAGGUACCGCCUGCUGAGUUAGAGGCGCUUCUUUUGACCCACUCAGAGGUAAUGGACGUGGCUGUCAUCGGUAUCUACUCCAAGGCUCAGGCCACCGAGCUUCCUCGCGCCUAUGUUGUGCCCAAGAAAGGCCUCGACUCUUUAUCGCCUUCAGCCCGGGAACAGCUCUCGAAAGAGAUACACGACUGGGCCGCGAGCAAGACGGCCAACCACAAACGUCUGCGCGGGGGAGUCAUUUUGAUUGAUGUCAUUCCAAAGAGUCCAAGUGGAAAGAUAUUGAGAAAGGAUUUGAGGGUGUUGGCGGCCAAGGAGGAGGAGCAGGAAGUCGUGGCUGGGAGGAAGGCAAAGCUUUGA